AUUUAUUUUUGAACAAUGUUAAAAUCAAACAUUCACUUUGCCCGUAAAAUUGCCCAUCUGAUUCAUAGUCUUGCCUCCACUAUGGUCAUACCACGAGGGCAAGUGCUGUCCGGCACCGAACUUGCUAGGGAAAUUAAGAACAACUUGAAAAAUGACGUUGCUAAUCUCAAGCGAAAGUAUCCGGGCGUUUGCCCAAAACUGGCUAUUGUGCAAGUUGGAGGCCGCGAAGACUCCAACGUGUACAUUCGGAUGAAGAUCCAGGCUGCUGCAGCAGUUGGAGCUGAAGCUGAACACAUCAAGCUGCCCAAUACUGCCACCCAAGACCAUGUGCUGCAGGAGCUAAGGAAACUAAAUGAGGACUCAAAAGUGCAUGGAAUCAUCGUGCAGAUGCCUAUGGAUUCCGUUAACGAUAUCGACUCGCAUUUGAUCACAGAUUCUGUUGCGCCCUCCAAAGACGUUGAUGGCUUGCAUACGAUAAAUGAAGGCAGAUUGGCGAUUGGUGACCUGACAGGGUUCCUGCCUUGUACACCUGUUGGUGUUCUGGAGCUGAUCAAAAAGUCGGGAGCGCAGCUGGAAGGCGCUGACGCAGUUGUGCUGGGAAGGAGCAAAAUCGUUGGUACUCCAGUGGCUGAACUGCUUAAAUGGCAUAAUGCUACUGUUACAGUUUGCCAUUCAAAGACCCGCAAUCUCAAAGAAAAGUGCCAACAAGCGGAUAUUCUGGUCGUGGCAAUAGGGCGGCCCCAAUUUGUUCAGGCUGAUUGGGUCAAGCCUGGAGCUGUUGUUAUAGACUGUGGCAUCAACAGUAUACCAGAUUCAACCAAGAAAUCUGGCCAGAAACUGGUAGGCGAUGUGGCUUAUGAUGAGACCAAAGAAGUAGCUGCGCACAUAACUCCGGUACCUGGAGGUGUGGGGCCCAUGACUGUUGCGAUGCUGAUCAAAAACACCGUCCUAAGCGCUGAGCGCAGCGCUGGAAACGGAAAUGUUCAAUGGAAUCUAACUCCUCUGCCUUUGAAGUUGCUAAAUCCAGUGCCAAGUGAUAUUGAAAUUGCGAGAUCCCAAACCCCAAAAGACAUCAGCGUCUUGGCUGAAGAAAUUGGACUGUUACCAAGCGAAGUGUCUCAGUAUGGAAGCAAAAAGGCCAAGAUUUCACUCUCUGUGUUGAGCAGAUUGAAGGAUUCGCCCAAUGGAAAAUACGUCGUAGUUACCGCGAUGACUCCAACGCCAUUUGGAGAAGGCAAAAGUACAACGAUGAUGGGUUUGGUUCAAGCCUUGUCGACCAGAUUGCGAAAAAACAUUUUUGCUACCAUGAGGCAACCGUCUCAAGGCCCCACGUUUGGUAUCAAAGGUGGAGCGGCUGGAGGCGGCUACUCCCAGGUGAUCCCCAUGGAGGACAUGAAUCUCCACUUAACUGGAGAUAUUCACGCAAUAACUGCAGCUAAUAACCUGCUGGCUGCCCAGCUGGAUGCCAGAAUUUUCCAUGAAGCAACGCAGAAAGAUCAGGCCCUUUACGACCGGCUGGUUCCCAAAAUUAAGGGCAUUAGGAGGUUCUCCAAAAUCCAACUGCGACGCUUGGAACGAUUGGGGAUUGACAAAACAGAUCCGGAUUCUCUAACAGAAGUCGAACGUUCCAGAUUUGCUCGGCUGGAUAUUGAUCCGGAAAACGUUAUUUGGACUAGAGUUUUGGACAUUAACGACAGAUAUUUGCGAGAAAUCACCGUUGGCCAGUCUCCAACCGAAAAAGGGAUCACCAGGAAAACAGGAUUUAUGAUCUCGGUGGCUAGUGAGAUCAUGGCCAUUCUGGCCUUAGCCAACGAUUUGCGAGAUUUUAAGGAACGACUCGCAAGAAUGGUGGUAGCCUUCGACCGGAAAGGUAAUCCAGUCACUGCUGAUGAUUUGGGAGUAACUGGGGCAUUACUGGUUUUGCUUAAAGACGUAGUGGAACCCACUUUGCUACAGACUUUGGAAGGUUCUCCCGUUCUCGUCCAUGCAGGGCCGUUCGCCAACAUCGCUCACGGCUCCAAUUCCAUUCUGGCAGAUAAAAUCGCCCUUAAACUAGUGGGAGCCGAUGGCAUUGUAGUGACAGAGGCUGGCUUUGCCUCUGAAAUUGGUGGAGAGAAGUUCUUCAACAUCAAGUGCAGACAGUCUGGACUGGUGCCCAAUGCUGCAGUUUUAGUGACAACUAUAAGGGCGCUGAAGAUGCACGGGGGAGGCUCCCCAGUCACCCCUGGCGCCCCAUUGCCGUCCGAGUACACUCACGAAAACUUGCAGCUUCUCAAAGCGGGCUUGCCGAAUGCCGUUCGGCACAUUAAUAACGUGAACAAGCACGGCGUGCCUGUGGUAGUCGCAAUUAACAAUCACACGAAUGAUACAAAAGCAGAAAUUCAACUGGUAAUUGAUGAACUGAAGAAAGCUGGAGCCUACGAUGUGGUUUUGAGCAGGCAUUGGGCUUUGGGCGGUGAAGGAGCCGACGAUUUAGCAAAAGCAGUGGCUAGAGCAGUGGAAGAACCAAGCACUUUCCAGUUUCUCUACAGCCUGGACCUGCCGUUGAAAACCAAGAUAGAAACCAUUGCCAAAGAGAUGUACGGCGCGGCUGAAGUAAAGUACAACCCAACAGUCGACAGAAAAUUGAAACAGUAUGAAGAACAGGGCUUCGGAAACCUGCCGAUUUGCAUGGCCAAAACACAUCUGUCCUUGACAGGAAAUCCUGCCAUCAAAGGCGCACCUUUAGGGUUCACUUUGGAUGUUAAGGACGUUUCAGCUUCUAUAGGAGCAGGAUUCAUCAUUCCAUCCACAGGAGAGAUCACGAAAAUCCCCGGCCUACCAACCCGACCGGCCAUUUACGAUAUUGACCUGAACAUCGAAACUGGAGAAAUCGAGGGGCUGUUCUAAGCUUUAAAUUAACCAUAACACCAAUGAGCACUAAUAAUAACGAUCUAUUUUUGGACUACUUGACCUUAACAGCCGCUCUUAACUUAGCCGAUCUGCAUCGACUAUUCGCCUCUAGCUCAUCAUAACUAGGCACAAUCACAUGUUGAUGUAAAGGUUUCCAGUUGCUGGACAAUAUCUGAUUCACAUCAUCUACCUCCAAAUUAAAGUUGUGGCUGCUGAAUUUCAGCGGCAAAGGAUUCGCGCAGUUUUCAAUUAAAUUCCCCAAUAGAUGCCUUUUCACUAUCGUGUCCUCUAGUGAGUGGAACGUGAUGGUCACUAAGCGGCCUCCUAGUUUUAAAUAGUGGUGUGCCAACACAAGCCCAUAAUUGAUUUCGUUGAGUUCGUUGUUCACAAAAAUGCGCAGCGCUUGGAAGAUGCGAGCAGUGGAACUGCGCCUUUUAUUAGCUAAUUCUUCGGAUAGAACGGUGUGAAUUAAGUCAGUCAGUUCUUCCGUGGUGGUUAAUCUUUUGAAGAGAUAUCGAGACUCAACAAUCGCACGAGCCACUUUCUUCGCCUGCUUUUCUUCUCCGUAAUAUUUGAUGAUUUUACCCAGGUCUUCUUCGCUCGCAUUGGCCAGGACGUCAGCAGCCGUAGGUAUACCUAUGGAAAGUGUUAUUUUUGAAAUUACAUUCUACAGUGAUUAGCUUGAGGAAGUAAUCAUAAAGGAUGCUGUUUUUUGUA